AUGGCCGCCGAAGUAGCAGUCGGAGCUGUAGUGGCGGAAGAGAUUGUUUCCACCAGCGUGCAAGGAGCUGCGGCUGCUUAUGCCAUUGCGAAACCGACCAACGGUCUGAAGGCGACGUUCAAACAGAUUGCCAACGCAAAAGACGAUGCCACGAGGUGCAGUACUGCGACCAAGUGUGGGCAGCAGCAGCUAAUCAAGAAUGAUAGACUCUCAUUAGUACGAUCAGAUCAUACCUGCACCGUCGUUGGCAACAAGGCCUACAUAUUCGGUGGCGAGACAGCAAGCGGCAAGCUCGCAAGCAAUGAUAUCCACAUUGUGACCUUGGAGUCCUCCAAAAAUCCCGAACGGGACUACUCGGUUGUCCCAGCCGUGCCCGAUGUGGAAGRCCGGUCUGUUGCAACUGCUCGUACCAAGCAUGCCGCCUGUCAUUUCAAUGUCUGCGUGGCGAUGUUUGGCGGCGUUGACGAGACUGGAAAGCUCGUCGACGAUGAGCCCUUCUUCUGGCUGUACAACACCGCCAAGUCUGCGUGGGAGACGUUGAAGUCUGAAAAGUCUGAUGUGACUCCCUUGCAGCGAAGUGGCGCGAAGCUGUUUAAUUUAAACAACAAACUUGUCCUGUACGGUGGUAUAGAUGCAAAUGGCACGCCUCUCAAAGAUGCAUGGCACUUUGAUUAUGUAUCAAAGGUCUGGACUGCCUUGCCCAGUGCUCCAGUAUCGACGUCAAACGCGACAUUGAGCGCCGGAACUUUGUACUUGAUUGAUGGAGAGGACAACAUGAGCAGCAACGUCCAUUCUCUCAAUCUCAACAUCCCAGAACUGGCAAAAGCAGAGUGGUUGAGCACCUCAUUCCCCACAAACCCUCUCACGCCAGGUCCCCGGCCUCGCGUUGGAGGUGGACUCUUGCCAAUUACUACAGGCUACGGACGCAACUACCUCCUAUACUUCUUCGGUGCGCGUCAAACCUCACAAUCGACAGAUGCAACAUCCCCAGAAGAUAAUGAAGAUCCCACGCAAUGGAGUGAUGCCUGGACGUUCCAAGCAGCUUCAUCCCAGCCGGAAGUCAAGCUAACAACAAGCUUUUCCGAUGCCAUCAAACCCUCUGCGAUCAAAGAUGCCAUUCGUUCGAAAUUGGGGUACGACACGGGCAGUCACAGCUGGGAGGAAGUUGAAGUACAGCCUCCGGAGGAUCUGAUGGAAGGCACCGGCAAGGUACACCCUGGUCCGCGAGCUUUCUUUGGCUGCGAUUUCAUGGCCAGUGGAAACAGUGUGGUUGUUUGGGGAGGUGUCAACGCGAAGGGUGAGCGAGAGGGCGAUGGAUGGGUCAUCAGUUCUACUUGA